UUUCUGUCGAGCGGGCCACAAAGGAAGGCGCACAACAGGAGUGAAGACAUGUCGGAUAUAGGAUAAUAUAACACAACGCAAAGAAAAAACAGGUUUCAACAGUUUUCCCAGGACAAUUUCCAAAUUUGAGAGACUUAAUUGGAGGAUUGUAUUGACCUUUCAUCAAACAGACAAUGCCUUCCCUAUACCAUGUCCUGUUCCUGUUGUUGGCCGUAUUUCCUCUGUGCCAUUUCCAGACGUCUACACGUGCCCGUUCUCUCGCCCUCAAUCCGGAGUUUGUCAGGUGGAUAAACACAUUGUUUUACCUGCCUCCGGAGGGACAGCUCCGCUACCGGAAGGAAUACCGCCUCCUGACUGACCAGGAACGAGGAGAUUUCCACAGAGCCCUGCUCAUGCUCAAGGAGGACAGGUCGGUGCAGCCCAAUAAGUACGACGCGUUGGCGUCCCUCCACCACCUUAACACCGCCAAUGGUGCUCACGGCGGACCAAACUUCCUCGGAUGGCACAGAGUAUACAUCGUGUUAGUGGAAAACGCCUGCCGUGAGAAAGUUCCGAACGUCACAAUACCAUAUUGGGACAACACACUCGACCAGGACCUGGCUGAUGCCACUCGCUCUAUCACAUGGUCUCCUCUGUUUCUUGGAAACGGGAAUGGUGUGGUAGAAAACGGACCAUUUCGUAAUUGGGGUACACCAUACGGAUUACUACGACGUAAUAUCGGGUCAGAAAGAACACUGAUGACCUCAACAAAUAUAAACAAUGUGUUACGUAGACGCUGGUUGUGGCAGAUUACCCAUCCGAGCGGUCAGGAUAACAGUAACCUGGAGCUUCUUCACAAUAAUGUCCACGUGUGGAUUGGUGAGCAGAUGAGUCGUAUCGAGUCCUCAUCAUAUGAUCCGGCGUUCUUUGUACAUCAUGCGUACGUGGAUUGCAUAUGGGAGGAAUUUAGAAACAGGCAACGCCGUAUGGGCAUUAAUCCAGCGCGAGAUUUCCCGCGAAUCGUCGGGGAAAAUGAACAGCUCCCACUGGUGCCUAUGGGCCUAGGAAGACUACUUGUGAUUGAUGGCAUUAAUGAUAUAUUUACAAGGCGGAUCUAUAGAUGCCAAGCUAGACCUAGGUGUGUACCAAAUACGAACAACUGUGGCUCCCCCUAUCUCCGAUGUGAUUGGUCUACUCGGCGUUGUCUGCCCCUGAUUAUGAGUAGACCCUCUGUGUCCUUUGUUCAACCUGCACAGCAGCCUUGGUGGUCGCGCUUUAAUAGUAGACAGACGGCAGGACAGAACAGUUUUAAUAUUUUUGGAUAGGAAAUACCAUAGAUAUUUGAAUAUGGCUAGUAUUAUAUUGUUCAGAAUGUGCUUUAAUGCAAAUGGCAGAAUUUUGAACUAGUCUUUAAAAUGCACAAAAAUGAAUAUAUGUAAUUCAGGGCAAACGUUGAGUCAGAACCGUUAGUGACGUGUUCCCGGGAAUAUGUGUGACAUGGUCCUUAGAAUGCGUGGAGUAAGUUCUUUAGAAUGUGUGUGAUAAGUAACCCGGAAUGUGUGUGAUAAGUACCCCGGAUUGUGUGUGAUAAGUACCCCGGAAUGUGUCGAUACAAACAUACACAGCAGCCAUAGCAGUAGUCAGGUCUGGGAACACGACAUGUGUAGACGUUCAGUUACUGAUAUUGACGUGAACGUACUCUGGGGAUGUGUAGUAACAACUGCAUAUCAGACGACGAAACAUGUUGUUGCUGCCCGUUUGUUUAUUCGCGGGCGUCAAAAACCUCACCAACCAAUGUCCUUCGGAUAACAUGUCGUAGAUAACGUCAUAAAGGCUCCGAAUCCUCCUUAAUUUGAUCAAUGCUUGAGUCCUAAUUAAAGCCGAACUUUUAGUUUUGUCAGUAUAUGUUAUUACUGAAAGUGUUCGAGAGGGUGUGAUUAAAGGGGAGUUUAAUGUUUAAAUGGUGAAAAGAAUUUAAGUGAAGUGAUAAUUUAUAUUAAGUAUGUAUGUCUGUAUGUGUUUAUCCAAAACAAAGAGAUGAACGAUAUAUGAAUUUUAACUUUCUGACCAAAGCCUAUCUGCUGGUAACAUAGGAUCGAACAUAUUACGACUACCGAUAUGAAUUAGGGUAUCGUAUUUAUAAAACCGACCAUCAAAUGUGUAUAACUGACAACCAUACAAACAGGUAAUACACUGGUGAAUACAUAUAAUUGACAGCCAUACAUAAAGGUAAUACAAUGGUGUAUACAUAUAACGGACAGUCAUACAUACAGGUAAUACACUGGUGAAUACAUAUAGCUGUCAGUCAUACAUACAGGUAAUACACUGGUGUAUACAUAUAACUGACAGUCAUACAUUCAUGUAAUACACUUGUGUAUACAUAUAACUGACAGUCAUACAUACAGGUAAUACACUUGUGUAUACAUAUAACUGACAGUCAUACAUA